AUCAUAAAUGAGCUGCAGGCGUCAGUCUGAGUCCUGACCUCUGACAACAUGUUGCAUCUGCUCCUCACUGCUCUCCUGUUUGCCGAGUCCUCUAAAAAUGUCAACUCCAGUCCUUUACGGGAAGCUGAGAAAGCUUCUCCAGAUGACUGGAUCUCCAGGAAGACUCCUUACAUGACGUCUAACCCAGAGACUUUACACGAGCUGAUGUCCGAGAACAAUGCAACAGUGGAGGGAGACAUGGUUUUGCCAAGUGACGGGAACGCAGUGGAAAGCAUCUGGCCAACACUAGAGAUACCGUACGAAAUCAGCCCAGAGUUAGAGAGUCAGAAAGGCGCCAUCCUCUCUGCUAUGGCGAUGCUGUCCAGACCCACCUGUGUGUCCUUCCACGAGCGAACCUCUGAGACAGACUACCUGCUCUUCGAAGUCAGCACAGGUUGUGGGUCAUAUCUGGGCUUCAUCGGCGGAGAGCAACCCGUCUUCAUCGGCCCAGAGUGCGCCGUGGGAAGCAUCGCCCAUGAGAUUCUUCAUGCUCUGGGCCUCUACCACGAACACACGAGGGCAGACCGCAAAAAGUACAUCGCAAUUCUUCCCAAAAACAUUAUGAAAGGGAUGGAGGGAAACUUUGAUGUGCAAGAUCGCCAGACCUUUAAUCUGAGUUACGACUUGAGUUCAAUCAUGCACUACGGAAGUGGGGUUUUUUCAGCCAACGGCCUGCCCACCAUCCUAGCCAAAAAGCGUGUGAAGGACAUGGGACAGAGAGUUAAAUUGACGAGCACGGACAUCAUUAAAGUUCGCCUUCUCUACAGCUGUGAUGUCCAUGAAUAGAUGGGGGAUGAAAAAUUGCCUCAUGGUGUCGACAGCGGAGGGCAUGCUUCUGCUAACAAACAAAAAAGGAUCAUACAUCUUCUUCUUCUGCCUCUCCAUCCGGCUCCCUGCAGCACCCGAACGCCGCCACUAGAGCUCACAAUAACACCAGAAAGAAAUACUAGAUUGGCUUUUAUUUAUUUAUAAAAACCCAAAAUAUGUAUGAUUUUUUUUUCUGUGUUUGCACAGGUGAUUUCAAAGGAAAAAUCAAUGACCAGGUUGUUGGGAAUUACAUUUUCGUAAAUAUAUGUUGUAUAAAUCAAGCUCUUAAUGAUAUAUGAACAAAGCCCUUUGUAAAAAAGCUUCAAAAUAUGGGUUGGAGAGACGCAAAGCGACACAAAACAACUACAAAGAGAUUAAAAAAACCUACAAAUAUAGCCGCAAGCAGCAAUUCACGGGUUCAAACCCUUUCUCGGCUUCUCAAAGCACUUUCACUUAUUACAGGUCGCUUUCACUCACAUUCAUUCACUUUGAGAUCAGACUGCAGGGCCGCAAGCAGAGUUGAGGGGGUUUGUAGCUUCACAAAGAUGAGAAAAAACACUUCAGAUGGUUGAAUGCUCUAUUAGAAGACGUGGUGAAACCAACCACACACCUGUUUCAUCACUACAAUAGAUGCCGCAAGUCCCGCGAUUUCGCCCCCUUUGUCGGAUUUUAACGAAACUUGGUAUGUACGUUCGGGUCAUGGUGUUAAAUGUCUCCAUCAAUUUUAGACAGGAUUGCUACAGCAGAACUCGGGUUAUAGGCAAUACCCUGCUAGCCCCGCCCUUUAGGAUGUUCUUUGAUUGAUGGCGGCCAUGUUUUAUGGCGAAUCUUGCUAAUUUAUAUAUGUAUAAAUAUGUAUCUCAGUCCCGCAAGGCCGUUCACCAAUUUUGGUCUUGAUACAAUCAAAAUUGACAAAGUUCUAUUCAUUUACUUGUUUUUCACAUUAUGCAAAUUAGUCAAAUACCAUAAUUUGCCCAAAUUCCAGAUGGCCAGUGCGUCACUGGUUGUUAAUGUGAUGUACGGUGGCUGGUGUACGGUGCAACUUACGAAAACACAUGCAAAUAGACAAAAUCCUGUUUUCUCAUUUGCGCUCUCUGUCUGUCUGUCUGUGUCUCUCUCUCUCUCUCUCGCUGUCUCUCUCUCUCUCUCUCUCCGUGAGGUCGAAAGUCAAGCUGUUCCACGUAGCUCCCCCUAGAGGCCUGGAGAACUUCCGUUGUGUGAACUGGAUGCAGCGCUUUAUCUGUUGCAUUUGUUUUUUCCGGGGUUUGUGUGAUUUUCUUUUUGCAUCGUUUCUAUAUUUGCGGCGCGCUCGUGUAUUUGGAUGUGUUGAGUGUAUUUGCAGCAUCUCUGCUGAACUCUUCGCAUGUGUUGUCAAAUUAAUAAAGAUGUUAUCUUAA